UUCUUGCGUUAAUAAAUCAGGGCGAUGGUGAGGUGUGCAUAUUUUGUGGAUCGUAUUUGCCGUAUAAAUGGUUUAAAGCGCGUUUCAUUUGGUUCUGUAAUGUAAAAUUGAUCUGAUGGUAUGUUAAGUAUACAAACUCCGCUUCCCAUGAUGCACUUCGACACAUCCAAACCCCCAACUGUAAACGUUUUGGCGUGAAACUCAAAUCGCGAGCGGGAGAAGAUCGAACCAGUCGGUUAGCAAAACAAAUUUUUAGCUUGAAACCGAACGAGUCGUUUUAACUUGUUUUAAAUCCCUGGCUUGUUUCUGAAUGAGUUGAGUAAAAGUGGGACGUUAAAUAGGCUUUUUGAGUCCGAGAAGGAGGAAGAAUAACGACAUACUGAACAGCAGCCGUGUCGACUAAACCUACCGAAGAGAGACGGGAAGUGAUUCAACAGUUUGAAGAUGAUCACAAAGGGGCAGAAGCGCAAACUCCCCCCAGAAGAUGUGGAGGUUUCAGACAAGGGCAGCCCUUUCUGGGAGAGCCAGCGCCAGUUUGUGUUCUCCGUUUCCCUGAACAAGUAUCAGCGUGGUCAGGAACUACCUGAACCCAGUCUGCGGCGGUCUGUUCUGAUAGCCAACACACUGCGGCAGGUCAGCCUGGAGGCUUGUAGGACGCCUUCUGUAGACAGGGAGCCACCACAACCACCUUGUAGCUCUCCAGCUGCACUCCAAGAGAGUAUUUUCAGUGCUGCAGCAAGACACCAUUCCUCAGUGAUGUUUGGUAGCAGUCACUCAGCCCUUGCUGGCUGCCCUCUGGUUUCUUCAAAUUACUUGCCAAAUUUUGCUGCAAGCAGGUCUCCAGCAAGCUGUCCCUCAAAUGUCUCUCUGUCUGAAAAAGACGAAGAUGAGGACUGGGGAUUGAUGUCCAUGGAUCAUGAUUUCUCCCUUUCAGCUGCCAUUUCCUCUAUUCUCACUGCACUGGACUCUACCAUUGAUGGGAGCCCACAGGCAGCUCCACGGACCCCUCUCAGGUCCUUGGAGAACCUGUCGGGGCCAUCUGAGGAAGGUGUGGCAUGGGUGAAACAGGGAGUCAGAGGUUAUGGUGGAAGCUGGGAGCAACAGGAAGAGGGCAGGGUGCGGGAGAGCAGCACAGAAAUGAUGAGGUCCAGCUACCUCAGUGAUCUUACUGUGGAGGAUCUGUUCCAGGAUAUAGACACGUCCCUGCUGGAGAGGGACAUGAGUGUCCUUGGGCUCAGAAGCAGUGGAGCUGGAUACCCGGCUGGGGAUGACCUUUUACGAUACCUGCCGCCUUCCUCCUCCUCCACGCACACCCUCUCCCUCUCUCUCAACCAGAAUCUGAAGUGCCUCCCCUCAUUCUCCUCAUUCAGCCCAUUGUCUUCCUCAUCCCCUUCUUCACCUUCUCUUUCUUCGCCACCCUUUUCUAGUCAGAAUCACAUGAAAGAAGGACUUGAGCUGGAGCAUCUGAUGGAGAUCCUGGUGGAGUCCUGAUACCCUCAUCAUCAUCACACUGUAAGAAAUAAACAUCGUUCAUUUGAGGACAGAAACUCUCAAAGCAAAGGACUUAAUUAUCAAACACAUCAAAUAUUCACUUUGUUAUUCUUAUAUAUUGCUCCAUAAAUGGUGUGUUAGGGUCUUUAGAAAGUAGUUAACAUGUUGUAGCAAUGGUUGAUGUGCUAGCAUGAGGAGAAGCUGUGAUGCAUCUGACAUCUUUUUGUGCAACAUGAAGGGUUUUCUACCUAAAAUGGAGGUCGAGUCAUACUGAAGACUGUGAGGGAAGUAAGCCAGAUAAGGCUGUGCUCUUGCUUAAUGACUAACCAGUGAGUCAGUGAAUAAUGAACUGCUGAAAAACAUUGUUACUCCAGCUUCCAGUGACUCAGCUAAUUUUAAACCCAGGAAGGGAUGGGCCUGAUGAGAGAGCAGGAUUCAUUCAGCAAAUGAGAAUUUGUCAGGUAAUUGCUGUUGGCGGAGAGUAAAUAGCUUCUGCAGUGGUGCCCUAAAAUUCGACAAAUGCAUCACAGCUUCAAGUAAUCCUGUGUUCACAUUGAACAUACUGGUUUAGAUGGAGCGAGAGAAGAAGCCAGUGUUGGUGUUGAUUCAUGCAAUGGACUGAACGCUGUCUGAAACAUGGGAUAAAUCCCAUAAAAUACAAGUGUAGAAUGUUGACCUGAGUUCUGAGAGAAUGCGAUUUGGCUGGUGUUGGUAGGAGAAUGGUUGAAACACUAAUUUUAUAGGUCAAAUCUUCUGUGAGGAAAUCCUUUAUACUCCUAUUUAUUUAUAGCGAGUUAUAACAGAGAUGUGUUAUCAGGUCAGAACUUCAACCAGAAGGAGCACCCAGGAAAAUGUGCUUUCUUCUCAUCAAAACUUGCAUAUUUAUGAUAUCAGGUGGUUUUGCCAGAAGAAAUCCUUGAGAACCACAAUUUUGUUCUGUUACAAAAAUAUUUUUAAGUGUGUAUCAUUUUGCAGGUCAUCUUAAACUGGGGGAUUUUUCUUUGUAUUCUUCAGUUUAUCAUCAGUUAUAUUUCAGUCACCAGUAAUGGGAGAUAGAGUACGAUACAUUUCAUGAAUGUAUCCUGUGUUAGCAGCAAAGAUGGUUAUUCAUUACACUUACUGCCUGAAAAGACUGGCUUUCAACUGUCCCAUGUGAGAGGUGGAACAAGUGAAACUGAAAGAAGUUGUGUCUGAACUGUUCCUCUCUGAGACAGACUGAUUGCAGCUGCAGCUCAGGAACCGCAUGGUAACACGUGGUUGUUCUGAAACAUGUGCGUGCACAGUCCAGCUCAGCGUAUUUAAUGUGUUUUUAAUCAAUGCUUUUAUUCAAAGAGCCUUUACAGUGCUGUGAUUGUAUACAACACAUCCUCAUGGAGUUUAAUGUGACUGCACAGAGUCACUGUAGGUACAUUAACUGAAGUCACAACCACUACACGACAACUUCUGUUGUGCAGAUGAAAUGUUAUCGAUCGUUCGGCAUUGCAGGCUGAGCCACGUUGGCCCGAGCAGUCCGGACGGUGCUGACCUCCACCCUGAGAACAACAUCUUCACACGUCUGGUUUACAUCUGAAUUGUUGCACUUUUGUUAAUAAUAUGCAUUUCUAAGUGUCAGUCAUGCAAGCAUGCGGUUUGUGUGUUCACUGUAUUUAGGAAGCAUUAACAUUACAGGUGACAUUUGGACAAAUGAUUCCCUCUCAAACCAACACUGCUGAAACGUGAUGGUGGAGACGCUGAGAUGAAUUGUUUGAGGAAGCAAGUGAUGCCUGUGUCAGGUUUUUGUAUCCUGUUUCUGGGUCAAAGUUGCUCUCUAUGCAAUGGUCCUUUCUGAAUAUCUACUGCAGUCUCAGACUAUUUAUAAAUGGCCUGUUAUGUUAAGUAAUUUAUGUCAUAACUGACAGUUCACUAAUGGUAUAUUAAUAUACCGUCAUAGCAGUUAUUUUAUUUUUUGUACAAUGUUUCAAUGGUUAUUUUUAAACUUGAGGGCAAAAUGUCCAGAUACUAUGAAUUUAGACCCUUUGUAUACUGAUGUUUAUAAUAAAACACAAAAAUGACA